AUGGAGAAAUCCCUGGUCCUUCCCCGAAUCCCAGAGCCCCCAGUCUCCGCCCGUGCCCGUGCGCGCCUCCCCCGCACCGAGGGCUCCCGGCACGCGCUUAGCUCUCCGCAGCCUGGCCCGGGAGGACCUCGAGGGGAGGCCACCGGGGACCCGCGAGGCGCCUCAGCGCGCUCGCCGGUCGCCACGACGCUGAGAGGGCCCGGCGCUAAAGUUCCCCUAGCGGCCGGGCCGGAGUGCCGCCCCGGGUCGCGGGCCCCCGCGUCCCCCGGCCCCGCCGCGCACCUUCGCCGCAGCCCCGGCCCGCGCUCCCGCAGGCGAGGAGAGCACACUACGUCUCGGCCACCCAGCGCCGGGCCCGCGACGCGCCAAGUUCAACUUUACGGGCCCGUGGCCUCCGGGGGGCCUCACUCCGGGGCGGGAGGACCACGACGGAUCGCGGGCAGCCUCCGCGCGCUUACCUGA